CCGCGAUUACUGCUCGAUCCCCUUGGCUCGGCUCUGCUUGAACUGAAAAUGCUGCCAGGAAUGGGAAAAGAGGAGUCGGUCAGGGCAACACUAAAAAUAGCGGUCGGAUCGACUAGCAAUAUCAUCACACGCUCGAUACGUGCGGAGGUGGUGAAGCCGAAACUGAAGUUCUUCCUAGAGAACGGCAACCAGCGGACACGCCUUGCGCACAAACAAGUGAUUCGCUUCCCAGACAUGCGGAUCAACGACAUGGCUCGCAGAACCCUGCGAAUAGUGAAUAGAGGAAAAGUCGAUGUGAAAGUAAGGGUUGAUCUCAGGGACCUGAGAAGCACAUUCAAACUCGAUCGAAACGAAGGGGAGCUGAGCGCAGUUGGGGACCUUUCGACGUGGCAGGCAGAGUUGAGCAUUUCCCCUUACAGAGCAGAGCACAAACGUGUCGAGAUGACCGUUCACUUUGGCACUGAGCAUUGCUGCUUCACGCUGGAGGUCCGAACUGGCGUUCCGGAUGUCACUGUUCUGCCGAUUAGGAAUCCGCAAAAUGGCUAUGCAAACUCGACGUCAGGACCAAUCUUUUCGCUGGAUGCGAGUACCGCGCCUGCGGGAAAUUUGGUAUCAAACAAGAAGCACGUAACUUUCAGAAAUAGCGGGUACGUCGAUGCGAUCAUCGGUCUCGCCGCCAAGCAGAGCAGAUUUCGAAUGCAGCCACCGGUUGUGAAGCUCGAAGCGCAGAAGAGUCAGACGGUGAUGCUUGAAUACGUUCCCUUCUCGCUAAAGCCGUGUACUGGACGGAUCAAAUUUCAAUGCAAACCAGAACCGAAAGCGCCACUUUCGGUAGAAUUCCGCUUCAAUCCGAAAAAACCGGUGCUGAAAGUUUCCGACCAGUGCAAGAUCCUUAA